AUGUCGAGUAGACGGUCUCACAAUCUGCGCACUUAUUUGGAUAAAAAAUUCAAACCCACCUUUGAUCAGUACGGUACAAAAGAUGGUAUUCCAUUGUCUGAUUUGAAGAGACUUCUUGGGAAGUCUGACCUACCAGAAUCAAAAGUUCACAAUAUUGUGGACUCAGCAGAUAAAGAUGGAAACCAGUUCAUUACGUACGAUGAGUUUCUAAAACAAGUUCUAUCUGAGGAUGAAGGAACCCUCCGGAGACUGCGUAUCCACAAACGGGUCCUCAAUCGUGCAGUUCUGGCUAUAGCACCGGAUUGUGGACGCGAACAUCAACGGGCUGUUGCUGUAAACUCUGGUUACGAUGCUAUCGAUGGCUACAAUUGGGGUGAAGCAGAUGUUGAUAAUUAUGUGCAGGCGUAUGACUGUCGACCUCCUCCUAUAUUUAUCCCUUUGAUAACUAUUGCUGAGAUUGCAGUUUUUAUUUACUACGUUGUUACUUAUAGCAACAAACCUAGCUCUUCCAAUAUCGUCACAGCGUCAUCUGGUGUUCCAGUUGAUAGUAUACUUAUUUAUAACCCAACUAAACGUCAUGAAGUGUGGAGAUUUUUAACCUAUAUGUUUAUUCAUAAUGGUUAUGUACAUCUAGCUUUCAAUUGCUUACUUCAAGUUGUACUCGGUCUUCUUCUUGAAAUUGUUCAUAAAUUUUGGCGAGUUGGAUUAGUUUAUUUGUUGGGCGUUAUUGCAGGUUCUUUAGCUCAUUCUGUGAGUGACCCAUUUGUUUUGUUGGCAGGAGCUAGUGGAGGCUGUUAUGCACUUAUUGGCGCUCAUUUAGCUACUGUAAUAAUGAAUUGGGACAUAAUGCAAGAGGGAUGGCUAAAAGAUCCUUUGAACUUUAUAUCAAGUGGUGUUGUCAGAUUAAUUCUAAUUAUUCUACUUGGUGGUGGUGAUACUGGAUUAGCCAUUUAUGCUCGAUUGAAAAACCCAGAUAAAAGAACACGUGUUGGUUUUUCUGCUCAUUUCGGUGGUUUUAUAGCAGGUCUUUUAUUAGGUGUAGUGAUUUUGCGCAAUUUAAAAGUAGAAAAAUGGGAAAAAGUUUUCUUUUGGAUAUGUAUUCUUUUCUACGUCCUAUUUUCUAUAGCAGCUAUCUUAUUCAAUGUGUUUUGUGUAGGAAUUAACAAGUGUCCUGCCUCUAUAUGGAAUACCUAA